GGAAGGAGAAAGUGACGUCGUUUUUCAAGCCAUAAAAGCUAGGUCUUCUUUCUUAGUGAAUCUGCUUUCUCUGUUCUGCCUUCCUGUGAGUUGUUUUUCAAGCAAAACGAUCAAGCAGCUUAUACAAGCUGUUGUUAAUGUCUUUUGUAAUUUUCGGUUUAAAGUUUGUGGGUGCUUCUAGUCGUCUUUCUGCCAAUUUUCUAGUUGGAGAAGCUAAUUUGAGUACAUGUUAAUGGCAGAAGAGAGUGAAAAGUAAAGUUAUAUUUGAAGUAGCAUGUACUUUUUCUGAUUGUGAAAUGUUUGGAGUUAGUUUGGAAGGAACUUCUUUUCCUUUGUGGGAGCUGUUUUUGUUUAUGGGCUAUACUGAUAUCUACAGGAGUCGUCUAUAUUGGAGAAGAGGGAGGUAGUUAUCUGAUCACAUCACUUGUUUCAGUACUUGGGAAGGGAAAGCAAAAUAGAUACGAGGAAUGAAAUAUCUUUGGCCUUAGGAGUAGCUGAAAUGGAAUUUGUUUAUCAUUAUAUAUUCAAUCAGGAGAUAAAGCAGACGUUAGUAAACUCUUAUUAGGGCAUAUGGUUAAAGAAAAAAAAUCAUAUCCUGUGAAUAUAUAUUUUGCCGCCAAUGGGUCAGGAAGGCAGGAAAGUUUUGUUGGAUUAAAACUCAUAGUCCAGAAAAUGGCUACAUUAGUGACACACAGGUAACACAGCUGUUGUUCCCCUCUCCAUCUGUAUUCUAUCAUUCAAAAGUUUAUUUUACUUCUCUGUUGCUUACAACAAUUUAAAGCUGCAAGUUUUAGCAGGUGUAGACAUGCGGAAGAGCCUGUGGUAUAUUGAUGUUUGCAUGUGCCCAAAAAGUCAUAACUUGGAAGUUUGAUUUUAGCCAAUUGAUCAUAACUCUUUUCCUUGAUUGACAAUUGAUAUGGAUCUUGGAACCAAGUGUAGUCCUCUAAUUUUGUUGUUGAAAAUUUGAACAGCUUUGUUGCUGAGAGUAUUUUUGUUUUCCUUCAUUUAGGUUCUUCCAGUCUAUUUUCAAAAUAAUCAGUUAGUGCUAGUUUUACCUCAUAUAAUUCACUGACUGUUACAUUUUCUGUUCAAUCAAUUGACUCAAUUAUUCAAUUUAGCUCAAGAAAUUCUUUAUUCCACAAAAACAUAGGAGCGGUUCUUCUGUUGAAUCAUAAUUUUGAUAUAUGAGGAAAGGCAGUAGAGCCUUAGUUUCAAUUGGCAAAGUUAGUUCUUUGCUACAUAGCAUGAUGCAAUAGAAGGUGAUCUUAGGAAAGUUCUUGUGCUAGUCAUUGCAGGUUGGGGUUUAGGCCUUCAAGGUUGAACUUGGUUCCCUUAUAUUGAGGAAGGGCCAUUUUAGUCUUUUAUCAUAUGUCGGGAUUGAUCUCUAGUUAACUCUUGCCUUCCUAAUUUGCAACCAUGUAAGUGGUCUUGAAACUAUGUGACCUUUCAUUGAGGACACUGAUAUAUAACAUUUUAUAUUAUUCUUCUCUCUAUGAUAUUGGACAUAAAAUGUGAUUACUAUCUUUUAGUUGUACAAAGGCAGUCCAUAUAGUGGAAACUCAAAAGUUUAAUG